CCACGGGUGGGCACCAUGGGCUCCCCCCCACAGUCCUGGCAUCCCCUCCCCGGGCACCCAGCUUGCCCUGCCCUGCCCUGCCCUGCCUGGCCUCGGAGCGGAGCGGAGCCCACCACGGACCAGCCGCUCUCACCUUCUCUCCUGCCCGCCUUGCCUCGGUCUCAGCCAACCAUGACACUCACCAUGGCUCUCUCGCUCCUCUGGGUCCUCCUUGAAGGUGUGGCAGGCGGACACUGGGGCGCCUGGAUGCCCCUGCAUAUCUCGGCUUUCGAGGGCACAUGCGUGGCGGUGCCCUGCCGCUUCGACUUCCCUGAGGAGCUGCGUCCGGCCACCGUGCAUGGGCUCUGGUACUACAACAGCCCCUACCCCAAGAACUACCCCCCUGUGGUGUUCAAGUCCCGCACCAGCAUUGUGCACGAGAGCUUCCAGGGCCGCACACGCCUGCUGGGUGACCUCCAGACUCACAACUGCUCACUGCUCAUCACCCACCUCAGCCCUGAGCUGGCUGGCAAGUACUACUUCCGAGCCGACCUGGGCGGCUACAACCAGUACACCUACUCCGACCACAGCAACCUGGAGAUCGUCAACAAGCCGACCAUCAUGGUGCCGCCGGUGGUGGUGGAGGGGGCAGAGGUGGAGCUGCGCUGCCUGGUGCCCGACAACUGCCCCGAGAUGCGCCCGGUGGUGACGUGGCAGGGCCACGAGGAGCUGGCAGAGCAGACGGUGCAGGCCCGGCUCGAGGAGACCGAUGGCAACUGGACCCAAAUGUCCGGGGUGCGGUUCCUGCCCAGCCGCCGGGACCACGGCCGCACCCUGGCCUGCCGUGUGACCUACACCAACACCACCUUCGAGUUCGAGGACCGUGCCACCCUUGACGUCAAGUAUGAGCCGCACAUUGUGGAGAUGACAGACUCACUGGAGGCCACGGAGGGGGCGUCUGUGGUGCUGGCAUGCACAGCUGAUGCCAGCCCAGUGGCGCUGCUGACUUGGGCGCAGGGUGCGGCAGUGCUGGCCGAGGAGCCAGGCACGCAUCUGGAGCUGCAGCUCUACAAUGUCACCCCCGCCCACGAUGGCAUCUACACCUGCGUGGCUGAGAACGUCCAUGGCCGCGCCAACCGCUCCCUCGGCCUCACCGUGUUCUAUGCUCCACGGCCGCCUGUGAUCAAUGCCUCGGGGGUGGCAGUGGAGGGGGAGCCCGUGACCAUUGCAUGCAGCACGGAGAGCAACCCCGAGCCCAUUCUCAGCCUGCUGAAGGAGCGACGUGUGCUGGCCACGGCUGUUUAUGAGCGGCAGCUGGCGCUGGACCUCCCCAGCGUCACCCACGAGGAUGACGGCGAGUACUGGUGUGUAGCUGAGAACCAGUAUGGGCAGCAGGCCACCGCCUUCAACCUCACCGUGGAGUUCACACCGAUAAUCCUGCCGGAGUCGCGGUGUACGGCUGGGCGGGACACGGUCCAGUGCAUCUGCGCUGUCAAGGCCAACCCCGAGGCGGCUGUGACCUUCGAGCUGCCCACACGCAAUGUGAGCCUCAACGAGAGCGCACGGGAGGUGGCCCAGACAGAGCGGGCUGGCUAUGCCCUCACCAGCAUCCUCACGCUGCGUGGCGAGCUCGACUCCCAGCUCUAUGUGCUGUGCGCUGCCCGCAAUGCCCACGGUGCCCGCCGCCGCCAGCUGCACUUCCACCACGCCAACAGCCUCAUGUGGGCCAAGGUGGGGCCGGUGGGGGCCGUGGUGGCCUUCGCCAUCCUCAUCGCCAUCGUUUGUUACAUCAGCCAGACCCGCAAGAAGAAGAGCGUGAAUGAGAGCUCCAGCUUCGUCCAGACCGAGAACCCACCCGUGGUCUACAGCGGGGACCUGCGGCCCAGCCUGCACAAGUCCGAGUUUGGGUGGCACCCGGCCUCCGACAAACGCCUGCUGAGCAAGCGUGAGGGCUCUCUGGACCUGGAUGUGGACUACGCCAACAUCGACUUCGCCAAGCUGAGCACCAAGGACAGCUACACCCUGACCGAGGAGCUGGCCGAGUAUGCUGAGAUUCGUGUCAAGUGAGCUCUGCCCCUGCCGGGAGGCCACACCCAGCAACAAAGACCCCCUCCACCCACUGCCAGAUCCACACAGUGACAGGCCAUGCUCAUUGCCCCUGUCAGGCCACACCCAUUGCUGCAGGCCCCACCCACCCACUGCCGGGCUAUGCCCACUGACAUAAACUGCCCCCCCGCCCUCUCAGGGACAGGCCACUCCUGUUAUCACAGACUGCCCUUGACACCCACCAUCAUGGCCCCUUCCCAUCCGGCCUGGCCACGUCCUCUAUUCCCUCCCAGCCCCUCCCUCUGCCAUGGAGGCAGGACACACGCCCACGGACACAUGGAAGACAGAGGUCGACAGCCCACACAGAGCUUGGCCACACCUCCCUGUGCAGACCACGCCGCCUGCCAUAGGAAAUCAAGACCCCAUGAGCCUGUCCACACCUGCUGAAUAGACAUUCCUGGUCAUGGCCAUCAGGCAUCCCAGCGACGGGAGGGACCUCUUCAUUUCCCCCAUCUCCGUGAUUCAAGCUACCUGUCUCCAGACGCAGCUGCAAAUGGAUCUAAUCCCAGGGUGGGGACAGAGCGGGAGCUGGUUUUCCACAGCCUCUCCCAGCAUCGUCAUCCUUCCACGCAUCUUUCCCAGUCCUACCAGCAUGCUGUGCCUCAGUUUCCCCAUUGCAACCUCCAUCCAGGGGCUCUUCCUUCCUUCUUCCAGCUCCCACUGGGCCAGCUUGAGCCAACGGACCUUGCAAUACCUUCCAUCCUAGAAAGUCAAGCAACUGGUUAGCUCUCUCUGCUGGACCCCAGUAGCCACUUCUCUGUUCCCCACCCACAACCCUCCAGAUCCAGCCCCCUCCCCCUUUUAUUUUGCAUUGAAGUAGCUUUGUCUAAAGAUUAACAUCACUUACAGCAAUCCCCAGCCAGGAAGGGACCCAUAUAGUGGUCCAGAUGGCCCUCUCAUACAAAGGCAUCCCGCCAUUAUUACUUGAACUGGUAUCUGGGGGAGGGGAGGGGAGGGGAAUCGCGGUGCAGCCUUGAUACCUUUAUUCAUGUCCGUCCAUCCUCUCAGAAGAACUGUCAGUUCGUCCAGACUGGACCCAUCUAGUCCGUCCAUCCAGAGCCCAACGGCCAACAUGUGUAGGAAUUCCUGAUUAAUUCUUCUCACACUUCUGCUCCCAGAAGCCCCCUGUCCUCUGCUUCAGGGCAAGCGGAGAGACUUGGAUAACAGAGUCAUCACUGAUUCUUUUCGGCGCCCUUUUUAGUCGGGGAAGUCCCGCCCCCCCCCGCCGCCCUCCAAACUGCUCCCCAAUAUUUGCCCGAUGCACUGGAGACAAAAUGAUGGCUCAAAACUAACAUCACCACUUUCUAACCAGAGCUUAAUGCCGUUUGGACGCAUCCCUAACCCUUGUAACUCUCCAGGCAACCUCAAUCGACGGUCUAUUUAUUGGUAGGUGUUAGUGGAUAUAGUUAGGUUUAAAAGCAACCUCAAAUUGGCCAAGUGAUGGGGCUCUGACAGGGCUCUGGAGGGCACAGGAUGAUGCUCACAGUAGAGCCAAUCAACAAUCCUCAUCUUGUAGGGUUUUGCCAUAGAGAAACAGCUGCUUUUUCCAUAUGAAUGUGUCUGGCUUUUACGUUAUCGUAUUUUCUCACAUACCAUAUGCCCUCAACUAAGACCUGCACCUUGCUGUGGGCAACCAGCAUGAUGAAAAGAUGUUUUCCAGGCUUCCCAGUCAGAGCUUAGCCUUGCCAUGACCACGGGCUGCGUGGAGCAGGGACCGAGUUGCUCAACAUCUCUCCCCACCAGCUACUCACACAAAAGCUUGCACAGCUGCUGCCAAAGUGCACAGUGCAGCCUCCUGGAAGCCAUUCUGGCAUCCCCACAACUCCUUUCUGGCAUGGAAAACAUGGUUCUCAGUUAAAACACGUGCCUUUUUUGGAGAAUUAACUUUUGCUGAAAAGGUGCAUGUGGUACACGUGUCAAUAUGGUACUUUGGGGGGUUUUGGUUGGGGGCAGGAAUAAAAAAAAAAAAAAUGAAGCUUCUCACAAAUCAAAACCUGAGACCCAUGUUCCUUGCCCUACCCCCUAUGGCAGCAAAGAACAGUCCAUGCUAUUAAAAAGAUCCGUUUUUAUAAUGCUCUUUUUCAUUUUCCCAGGAAAUGUUGUUCAAAGCUGCACUGAGUAUUGUACUAGAAGGAGCAGUUUUGGUUGCGAUGUAGCUUUGGCUUUUCGAGGGUUGGGAUGUGGAAGAAAAAUCAAAACAAAACUUUUUUUGCAUUUUUGGAAAUGGGCCAGAUGGAUUUUUCAUUUGGAAAUUAAUGUCAGGGUUAAACCUUAUUGGAUAUGCUAUUCAAAGGUAGCACGAUGAAUUUUGAUGCGAUCUCGCUUCUGGGAGGGGGAAAAGAAUCUAAUGAAAGCAUUUGGAUGAUCUAUUUUAACAUAAAAUCAUAGGGCACUUGUAUGUGAUGAAAAUUGCCCCUUUUUGCGAUUUAACUGCAUUACAGUUUAAACGUAUGGGGUUUUUUUGCGACUCAGAGAACUGGGGCUGGAAGGGACGUGCCAGAGGUUACAACCAGUCCAGCCCCCUGCCUGCGGCAGGAUCAGCCCUGUCCAAACCAUUCUAUCCACAUCCAUAAUUUAGUAAAUUAGUAAAAAACUACCAACCCUGACACAGCAAAGGAUAUUACACCUGAGCCUGCCAUAGGUAAAGCAGGGGGACCAGGGUGGCCAACGUCCUGUUACUGUGAAAGAUUGUUAAUGCAUGCACAUAGUUGGAAGGGAACCUUUUCAGUUCUCAUUUGGAAAUAAAUCUUUUCUUUUAACCUCAAUUUCAUACACGUGGAGAAGUCAGGAGGGAAAAGGAGGUGAAAUUUCCCAGUCCUGGAACAUCUUAAAAGUGUCAAAACCAAACAAAAUCACUGCAUUUCCCAAUGGAAGAGAAAUCCUAUUUCCUGUGCCAUUCCAAAGCUCAUGCCUGUACCAGCACCCUGUGAAAGUCCCGUCACUGAAAUGCCGAAUUCAGGUCCCAAAUCUGUUUAUACUAAUUUGUUUGUAAAAUUUCCUUCCAUUCUUGGUUUCUCUGUAAAUAAGGACAAAUAAAAGAAGCCAAGAAUUUCUUUCCAUAACUUUUUAGGAUCUUCUCUCUCUCUCUCUCUCUCUUUGUACGCGUAAGAAUGUCUAUGUGUGUGUGUGUGUAUGUGUGUGUGUGUGUGUGUGAUACGGGGGAAGUGGCUAAGGUAUAGCCCUGAUCUGACAGUGGACUGAAAACUAGCAAACAUAUCAGAAGAACGGUAUUAAUCCCAGGCUCACAUCAGUCUCGGCGCAGGCCACUGUUUGGUGAGAUGCCCGAGCAUAUAAUGCCUUUAACCCAGCCGACUUUGUACUCUGGAGGAAAUAAAUGCUAUUUUACCAAUCGA